UUACAGUGACUACGUUAUUAUUGCAGUAACGAGCACGGUAACUAGUUAUUAUGCCAAAAUCAGGAACGCAUUACUCGUUAAUGGGAUUUAGAUAGGGCCGUUACUCGUUACUUCGUGAGUUGCGUUCGACUUACCUCGGAAAUCGGAACACGAAUCUGGGAAUAAUGUCACACUCGAGUAAAUGGCGUUCUGGUUAGCCUCGUCGGAGAAGUCUGGAUUCCAAUAUGGCAACGCCCUCGAAAACGGUUGUUUUGCUAGCCCUCUACAAAAACCAAUUACUACUAAACAUAUAUGCAGCUCAUCUGCAGUCUGCCUUCCUACUGGGAAGGCAGAAUUUCCGAGUCCCGAGUACAAAGGAAAGCACCAUGACUGCAGUUUCCGUGUUGGACGUGAAAAGCGCACGUGACACUGUGACGUAAGCUACAAUCAUGGCGGCAGUUGAAGAUGGUCCAGGCAUGGGAUUUCUGUCGUGGAAAUAUUCACAUUAUUUCUCCUUUCUGAUGGUAAAAGACAGGAAUAUUGUCGUGAACUGUACUCUCUGUGGAGGUUCUAAAACUCUUUCGACAUCAAAGACUAGCAAUUCUAAUCUGAUGAAACAUCUUCAGAAACAGCAUGCAUCUACCAAGUUAGUUGAAAAAGGACCCGAAGGCAACGUCGGCGACUCUAGCUCCGUUGACGCUAUUCCAGCAAAACAACGAAAGCUUGAUUUCGGACAGCCUGCUGCACAGUCCAUCACCCAGCCCCAGCUACACAGGCUGAUUGCCAGGUAUGUCGUGGAAGACAUGAAACCCAUCUCAACGGUUGAGUCCCAUGCUUUCAGACAACUGAUUAGUCAUAUACCUGUGUGAGGGAGAGCUGGGAAGGCACCAUCCAGAAAGACAUUUUCCAGUUUGUAUAACAUGGAGUCAGAGCUCAAAAAUACACUUGACAUGGUAGAAUACAUCUCCACAACAGCAGACAUUUGGACUGUGCAUAAUAAAAGUUUUCUUGGUGUGACCGCGCAUUGGAUAAAUGCACAAAACAUGAAACGUGAGAAAGCAGCGCUGGCAUGCAGGCAAUUUAUGGGUCGACAUACGUAUGACAGUAUUGCAUCUGAGCUGGACAACAUUAACUCAUCUCAUGGCCUAUCGUUUAAAAUCACAUCAACUGUAACGGAUAAUGGCUCCAAUUUUGUCAAGGCUUUUAAAGUGUACCAGCCACCACCUCAGUCAGAUGACUCUGAAUAUGAGGAGGAUGAAGUGACUUUUGUUUCGAUUGGGGAUGUGCUGCAGAAUGGUGCUGAUGAUGCUGAUGAUGCAAUUUCUUUACCGCCACAUCAGAGAUGUGCAUCGCACACAAUGAAUCUUAUCUCUUGCACUGAUGUGGAGAAGUGACUAUUGUCCGAAGCUCCAACAAAAACCAUCUACAGAAGUGCCACCACAAAAUGUGCAGGGCUGUUGAACAAGGCCAGUCGUUCCACAGUGGCUGCUGAGAUUGUGGAAGACAUUAUUACAAAGAAGCUACUAGUACCUUGCACAACAAGGUGGAACUCGUUCUAUUAUGCUCUGGAGAGAAUUUCAAAGAUACCUUUGAUGGAGCCGAACACAAUCUCAUCCACAUUACAGUUAAAAUGUUUCAAUGAGAGGGAGCAUCAGUGUAUCAGAGAGUACUGUGCAGUCAUGAAACCACUUACUGUGGCACUGAACAUUCUUCAAGGAGAAGACCAUUGUUUUUAUGGCACACUCCUACCCACACUGGAAUCGCUGAUGACCAAGACUCUGGCUAUAAAAAAUGGUCUGCAAAUUCUUGUUGGGCUACCAGAUGCAGUCGUCCAGGCAGUCAAAACAAGGUUUGCACAGUUCCUUGGAAGUGAAGAUGCUUUGCUGGCUGCUGUGACACUACCAAAAUUUAAGCUUCGUUGGUUACAUGACCAGGCGCGGAAGGACCUCGCAAAGGCACGUCUGCUGGUAGAGUGUCGAAAACUUCUCCCUGAGCAAGAUCAGCUACAACCAGGUACCAGCGCCACCAACACAACACAGCACCCGGGUUCUAGCAAAGAGGAUGAGUUCUUCUCCUUUGAAGAGAAUGAGGACAUAUAUGCCACUGCUGAAGGUGAGGUAGCCGAGUACCUCAAAUCAGGAGCAACAGGGUUAGACUCUCUGAAUCAUUUCCCGAUGAUAAAGAAACUCUCUCUCUUAAACUUAAUGCAGCCACUCCUUCAAGUGCCCCAGUUGAAAUGGCCUGCAUUUGGUAAAUGGCCUGCAUUUGUAUAGCGGUUUACUCAGUCCCCAAAGCACUUUACACUACAUUCAGUCAUUCACACACA